AUGAAUACCUCCAUCGGCGUCCUCUUGGGCUCAAUCCCCGCUGCAGACCGUGCUGCCUUGGCCGGGCUCUCUGACGACGCCGUGCGCGCAUGGGUGUCCACCCACACUCAAAAGCAGCGCGACAACACGCUCGCCCUCCUCUCCAUCUACAACGCCGUCGCGCCCAUCCACCGCGCCUUCCCCACCGAAGUCCUCUCCGAAAUCUUCUCACACUGCUGGCAAGACCCUCGAAGCAUCGCCGUUGCCCAUGUCUGCCGCCACUGGCGUUCAAUCGCACUCAAGACUCCCCGCCUAUGGGCCGCCGCCCUCACCGCGCCUGGGAAGUUGCUCUCCCAACCCCGGAAAUGUAAAGCCAGCCGCCGCGAGUUUGCAGCCUUCGCCCUCGAACGGUCUUCUCCUCAGCCUCUCCGCCUCAAAGUUUACCACUUCCUCGAUCACUUCGCCAACACUCUCGCCCCGCACGCUGCCCGUAUCGUUGAUCUGUAUGUCCGCCUCGGCAAUGCACCAAGUUUCUUCUUCAAUGGAUCGACCCUCUCCGCUCUAUGCAAGUUCCUCGCCUCAGGCGCGCCCAACCUCGAAGUCCUCGGCAUCACCUUUCCGGGCUACCAUGAUCUACGGGGGUGGAGCACAGACACACAAGCCCCUGUUCUCAACCCCGUAGCCCUCCCCCGCCUCCACACCCUCCGGUGCAUCCCCAUCGACCUCUUCCCGCACUUCACCACUCCCACACUCCGCGACGUGUGCGUCACCCCCGCGCAGUUCACCGACGACCACCUCGAAGACUUCGCUGAAGCGCUGACUCAGUGCCCCGCGCUUGAGCGCCUCAAGUUC